GAUAAAUCAUUAGAGGGGGAAGCACUCUAGUGAUAAAUCAUUGUUAGGAGUUAAAAGUUUAUGUUGUAUUACUUCUGUUUUACAGUUGGUUUGUAACGGUUUCUAUUAGCUUUCUCUUGGUUGUUUUGUUUCUCUUAAGUGGUAUAUAAACUCUAUUGUAAGCUUUUCAGAAGGUAAUGCAAACAUAUUAUUCACUGUUCAAUUCUCAUACAUGGUAUUAGAGACGUAAGAUCCUUUGGGUAUUCUCUGUUCAAUUUUUCUUCCAUUCGUUUCUUCGCAAUCGUUCAUGGCAUCCUCAAUUCCAUCGGGUGUUCUUGGAUCUUCUCCAUCGGCUGUAGUAUUUUCUCACACUCUCUCCGUAAAUCUUGACAACCAUAACUUCUUACUAUGGCAUCCUCAAAUCUUGGCUGCAAUCUGUGGUCACGAUCUUCACGAUUACAUCGACAAAGAUUUUGAUCCGCCUCCUCAGUUCGUGGAUGAAUCUGACAGAGCGUUGAAGAAGAUAAACCCUAAGUACAAGGAAUGGCUGAAACAAGAACAAUUACUGUAUUCUUGGUUACUUUCUUCUAUGCUGAAGGAAUACUUACAAGAAUCAUUGGAGCAAAGACUUUGGUUGAAGUCUGGAAUAUGCUUGAUGAGUAUUUUGUUGCACAGACAGUGGCGAAGGCGGAUCAAUUCAAGUCGCAGCUCAGAAACAUCAAGAAAGGAUCUCUCUCGCUGAAUAAGUAUUUGUUGAAGAAUAAAUUUCUGGUGGAUCAGUUGCGAUCAAUAGGGGAAAUGGUAUCGGCAAAGGAGCAUAUUGCGGCUAUUUUCAAUGGAUUAAAUCUGGAGUACGAUACAUUCAUCAUCUCUGUCAAUUCCAGAUCUCAAACCAUACACUGUGGCUGAGAUGGAAUCUCUGUUGUUGGCUUAAGAGAGCAGAAUCGAGAAGCAAUCACAGGAGCUGGACUCGCAAUUGCCUCAAGCACAUUUUGCCCAAGCCCAAAAACGAGGUCAGUGCUCCAAUCCAAGGUCAAAAUCAAAUUUCCCUAAAUUUUCUUCUUCCAAUUUCAGUGUAGCACCUGCUGGUCAUGGUUCUUCAUGGAAUCCCUAUGCUACCCCACCUAGAACUAUUGGAUCUACUUCAAAUCAGGCAACUAGAGGCGGCAGUCGAGGGGGUUUCUCAUCUCAAAAAGUUGGCACCAGACCAAUCUGUCAAUUGUGUUCCAGACCAGGUCAUCUUGCCUCAAAGUGCUAUCAACGUUUAAAUCAGUCGUUUCCAGGGUUUGGUGCAUUUCCUCUAGACACAUCUACUCAAGCUAUGACUGCAAUGGUGGCGACAACAGACUCAGUCAAUGAUCCGCCCUGGUAUUCGGACUCUGGAGCUACACAUCACUGCACAACCAAUGACCAUAAUUUAACAUCCAAAGUUUCUUACAAUGGAUCCGAACAACUUCAUGUUGGGGACGGCACAGGUCUGACCAUUUCUAACAUUGGUGGAAGCGAUUCAAAGAGUGAGAGCGCCUUCGAGAAUGGCGGGGAUGAGUUCAAUGUUCCAAUACUAAAGAAUCAUUGUCAAAAUUGCUUACAAUCAAUUGAAUCCAUGAAGAAAUCUGAAAAUAUUCGUGGCGAAAUCAUCCAAUUGGCGAAACAAGUCCUAGAAAUGUAUAAUGUUGCAGCAAAUGAGAUGGCUACCUUGACAGUUGUUGUUCGGGAGAUGGACAGGAGACAGGACGUACUCGUGCAUAUUGUAGAGGCUGCCAGUAAUACACUAGAAAAGUGAUACCUUUUAGUAAGGUACUUUUAGUUAUGUUCAUUCACUUAGAUGUGUUUCUACUUUCUUAUUUAGCUUUGCAGACCUAAUAUGUUAUGUUUGUAAUUUUAUUUAACAUUAUUAUUAUGGAUAAAUUGUUUUGAUGUUUUAUAUUUAUAAUCUUGUGUGAAUGCGUAAUAUUUUUAAUUA